AUGGCACAUGCGAACUUCUUAUGUAACGACAAGGGAACAAUAAGAAACAGAAAGGCCACACUCGGUCAUUGUUUGAGACUGGUAAACGAUGCCGACCUGAAGUCAAGAAGUGGUCCUUUUUUGAAAAAGGAAAAUGCAAAAUGGUUAAUGACACUCGCCCCGCCAGGAAAGAAACGCGGCUUUACCUGCGAACACGUGAAGAUUGACGGCUUUCCCAUAACAAGAGAAUUUUGUUGCCGGCCUAAAACAAAAGACCCGUUAGUCUUUGGUAACAUCGGUACGGGGACGGAAGAAAGGGCCCGGGCACUAAUCUCGCGUUCAACAAAAGGGAUGCAGACUGCUUUCGCUCCUACCUAUGUCCCUGGCAAACUGUCAUCUAUUCCCAUCACAACCACCGAUUCGCCGCCGAAGUUUCCGGGUAUCUUCAUUCAUAAAUAUUUCCCUUUCUCUUACAAGCCACUAUAGCUGCUUGAACUCUAUUUUAUCCUCCUGGUUCAUAAUCAACUAUUAAUCUAAUGCCUGUGUGCAUUGACAUUGACAUUCCAACAAUCAUGAGUAUUGAUUCAGCUUUACCUGAUCACUCAUCAAUUUUCUCUUACAUCCAUGUGGGUCCAUGGGUCCUUUCUUUUUUGAUCCUG